CCUUAUUUGUAUCAAAUUAAAGUGCAGUCAAAACAUAAGUAUUUGAUGUGGCCAUAUGCCUGAUGUUUUGAUGAACUCCUCCACUCUCUAUGCAAGAGAUUUUAUACAAUGUUUGGUAAUUACAAGUCGCAGCUUAUUGGAGGACAAAAAGAAAAGUUUGUAAGGUUGGAGGACGCUAACUCUGACUUAUCGUUUAAGUCCGAUAUGGCUGGAAGGAAAAAGUAUGGGUUUAAUAUAGAGGGAAUGACUGCUGGUGGGCAUGUAACCAAUCCAUCCAAGUCAAUAAAACUGGGAGUAAGAAGAGGAUCUCAGGGACUAGUGACAUUUGGCAGAACACUGAAAUCUGGCGUUACCCGAGCAGUUUUUCCAGAAGAUCCAAGAGUUUCAGAUAAAAGGAUAUUUGAUCCUCAAGACAAGUCUCUCCUGUUCUGGAAUAGGCUAUUGGUCAUAUCAUGUAUUUUUGCAGUAUCUAUUGAUCCUCUAUUUUUCUACCUUCCUGUUUUUAAGACUGAAGGGCAGUGUCUCCACAUAGAUGAAAGUUUAGCAAUCAUAGUAAUUUUGAUGCGGACAGUAAUCGAUCUCUUUUACCUUAUCCGCAUGGGUCUCCAAUUUCGAACAGCUUUUAUUGCUCCAUCUUCCCGUGUUUUUGGGCGAGGCGAACUUGUAAUAGAUCCCAAGCAAAUAGCAGCCAGAUACAUCCGGCGUUACUUUAUAGUGGAUUUCCUUUCCGUUCUUCCUUUACCGCAGAUUAUGACAUGGAGAUAUCUAGCUGGAUCAAGAGGUUCGGAUGUAUUGUAUACAAAGGACGCAUUAGUGGCCAUCAUCAUCAUUCAAUAUAUCUUUAGAUUUUGGAGGUUUAUUCCAUUAAGUUCGGAUUUGAAAAAGACUGCAGGGGUGUUUGCAGAAACUGCUUGGGCUGGUGCUGCAUAUUAUCUGUUGUGGUUUGUGCUGGCUAGUCAUAUAUUUGGGGCCUUCUGGUACCUGUUAGCUGUCGAACGCAAAGAUACAUGUUGGAAUGAAGCAUGUACCGAAAAUGACCAGUGCAACGAACAAUUAUCUAAUCUGUAUUGUUCACGUGAAGGAAACUUUAAUUUGACAGAAUGGCAAGACAUUGGUAAGAGUGUUCUUGACGAAAAAUGUGCUGAGGAGGAGAACUUUCAAUAUGGAAUAUAUGCAAGAGCUGUAACAUCUAAGGUUCUUGACACUGAGGAUUUCAUUACCAAAUACUGUUUUUGUUUGUGGUGGGGCUUGCAGAAUUUAAGCACACUUGGUCAGGGGCUUGAAACCAGUACCUAUACUCUGGAAAAUCUCUUUUCAAUAAUAUUGGCCAUUUCCGGACUCCUACUAUUUGCUCUUCUCAUUGGAAACAUGCAGACCUAUCUUCAGUCUCUGACAGUACGGCUUGAGGAGAUGAGGGUCAAAAGGCGUGACUCAGAGCAAUGGAUGCAUCACAGAGUACUUCCUCCUGAGCUAAGGGAGAGAGUUCGGCGUUACGAUCAGUACAAAUGGUUGGAAACUAGAGGAGUGGAUGAAGAGAGUUUGGUGCAAAAUCUGCCCAAAGACCUUAGGAGGGAUAUUAAGCGGCAUCUCUGUUUGAAUUUGGUCAGAAGGGUGCCCUUGUUUGAGAACAUGGAUGAGAGAAUGCUUGAUGCCAUAUGUGAGCGAUUGAAACCAAGUUUAUGCACAGAAAGUACGUAUAUAGUUAGAGAAGGAGAUCCAGUUGGUGAAAUGAUGUUUAUAAUCCGUGGUCGCCUAGAAAGUGUAACAACUGAUGGUGGGAGAAGUGGAUUCUUCAACAGAGGUAUCCUGAAAGAAAAUGACUUCUGUGGUGAGGAGCUGCUAACAUGGGCAUUGGAUCCAAAAUCCGGUUCAAACUUGCCGCCAUCCACUAGGACAGUCAAGGCUUUGACAGAAGUAGAGGCAUUUGCCUUGGAGGCAGAAGAAGUGAAGUACAUUACAUCACAGUUCAGGCGGUUGCAGAGUCGACAGGUACAACACACUUUUAGGUUUUACUCGCAGCAAUGGAGAACCUGGGCUGCCAGCUUCAUACAAGCUGCAUGGCGCCGGCAUACAAGGAGGAAAAUGGCAGAACUUCGUCUCCAUGAAGAAAUGGAAGAGAACGGAUUUAAUGAGAACGAUGACGGAGAAAAUGAGUUGACUCCAAUGUUGUAUAAAUCACCGGAGCGACCAUAUUAGUCUUUUGACAUUUUUGCUGCUAAUCCCAUGUAUGGUGCUCACAGACUUCGGAGCUCGAGCUCUAGAGGUUUUGAGCCUGGCUUUAGUGUCCAUAAUCCAGACUAAGUCAAGAAAACUUUUUUUUUUUGAGUGUUUAAAUUUUUAAUAU